AGCAGUGAACGCCCACUCAGUCACAGCCCAGCUGCCUUCAUGUGUGUCCUGGUUUCUGCGGAAGUUUCCAGCAGUUUAAGUCCCGUCAGAGAGUCCGGAUCCAGUCUGAGCUGCUGCUGAGCCGCACGGGGACCAGUCUUUGGUUUAGAUCAUGUCUAAGAAGGGAGGAAACCGCGGGGUGGAGUUUGAGGGGGUGGUGGAUGCGUCAAUCAUCCGGAUCCCGCCCCAUCACUACAUCCAUGUGCUGGACCAGAACACCAACAUCGCUCGGGUGGAGAUCGGCCCGCUCACCUACAUCCGUCAGGACAAUGAAAGAGUGCUCUUUUUACCGGUCCGUAUGAUCAUGGUGCCGCCGCGUCACUACUGCGUGGUCCUCAACCCCGUGGCCCGCGAUGAUGACAAGCAGGUCCUCUUUGACCAAUCAGGUCAGGCCAAGCUCCGCCAUGCCGAUCUGGAGAUCCGUCUGACCCAGGACCCGUUCCCCCUGUACCCCGGAGAGGAGGUCCAGCAGGAUGUGACCCCGCUGCAGAUCGUGUAUCCGGACACGGCGCUCCGUCUUCAGGCUCUGCUGGACUUCGAGGAGCAGGGAGGAGAGAAGAGGGUCGCUGGAGACGAGUGGCUGUUCGAAGGACCAGGGACGUACAUCCCCAGGAAGGAGGUGGCGGUGCUGGAGACCAUCAAGGCCACCGUGAUCAGAGAGAACCAGGCCAUCAGACUGAGAGCUCGCAAGGAAGGAGUGGACCGAGGAGGAGUCCGCAGGGUGACAGGUGAGGAGUGGCUGGUCAGUAAGGUGGGAGCGUACCUUCCAGGUGCUCAUGAAGAAGUCAUCGACAUUGUGAACGCUUUCAUCCUCACUGACAAGAAAGCGCUUCAUGUUCGCGCCGUGCGAGCCUUUAAAGACACCGGCGGGCGGGACCGUCGCACCGGGGAGGAGUGGCUCGUCACUAUGGCCGACAGGGAGGCGCACAUCCCCUCUGUGGCGGAGGAGGUGGUGGGGGUGGUGGAUGUGACCACUCUGAGCAGCAGGCAGUACUGUGUGAUCCUUGACCCGGUGGGGCCUGAUGGGAAACCUCAGCUGGGAAAGAAGAGGGUGGUGAAGGGUGAGCGUUCAUUUUUCCUGCAGCCAGGUGAGCACCUUGAACAGGGCAUCCAGGAUGUGUACGUGCUGUCGGAGGAUGAAGGUCUGGUGCUGAGAGCUGUGGAGGCCUUCAAUGACACAGAGGAGCGUGAGGAGGAGGAAGAAGAGGCGAUGGAGGAGGAGUUGAUGCAGGAGAGGGCGAAGCGUUCGCGGAGGAGCGGCGUUCUCCGUCGCCCCGGAGACCGCUGGAUGCUGCGGGGUCCCAUUGAGUACGUCCCCCCGACCACUGUGGAGGUGGUGCUCAGACGACAGGCCAUCCCAUUGGACGAGAACGAGGGCAUCUAUGUCAGAGACAUCAAAACUGGAAAGGUGCGAGCAGUGAUCGGUCACACCUACAUGCUGACUCAGGAUGAAGAGUUGUGGCAGAAGGUGCUUCCAGCCAACGUCGAGGCCCUGCUGGCUUCUCCUUUGGACCCGCUGGCCAACCGUUCGGACCGGACCAGAACCGGAGAGGUCAUCGUGAGGGACAGGACCAAGGUGGUCUCCUACAGGGUCCCCCACAAUGCUGCCAUCCAGGUCUACGACUACAGAGAGAAGAAGGCCAGGGUGCUCUUUGGACCAGAGAGGGUCAUGUUGGGACCUGAUGAGCAGUUCACCGUGCUGUCGCUGUCCGGAGACAAACCAAAGAGGGCCAACGUCAUCAAGGCCAUCUGCCUCCUGCUGGGGCCUGACUUCUUCACCGACAUCAUCACCAUCGAGACGGCCGACCACGCCCGGCUGCAGCUGCAGCUGUCCUACAACUGGCACUUUGAUAUCAAAUCUCCGUCCGACGCCGAUGAGGCAGCCGCUCUGUUCUCAGUCCCCGACUUCGUGGGCGAUGCCUGUAAAGCCAUCGCCUCGCGGGUCCGAGGAGCCGUUGCCUCCGUGCAGUUCGAUGAUUUCCACAAGAACUCGAACCGGAUCAUCUGCUCUGCCGUGUUUGGCUUCGACGAGAAGCUGGCGGUCCGUCCGAGCCUUCGCUUCAACCAGAACAACCUGGUGAUCAGCAGCGUGGACAUCCAGUCUGUGGAGCCCGUGGACCAGAGGACACGAGACGCCCUGCAGAAGAGCGUCCAGCUGGCCAUCGAGAUCACCACCAACUCCCAGGAGGCCGCCGCACGGCACGAGGCGGAGCGUCUGGAGCAGGAGGCUCGGGGGAAGCUGGAGAGGCAGAGGAUCACUGACCAGGCGGAGGCUGAGAGAGCCAGGAAGGAGCUGCUGGAGCUGGAGGCGCUCAGUGCCGCGGUGGAGAGUACGGGAGCUGCGAAGGCUGAAGCUCAGUCUCGGGCGGAGGCGGCUCGUAUUCAGGGAGAAGCGGCGGUCAACGAGGCCAAACUGAAGGCCGAAGCUCAGAGGAUCGAGGCGGAGGCGGAGCUCCAGCGGCUGGCGAAGGCUCGUGAGCAGGAGCUGGCCUAUAAGAAGCAGAUUGACAGUCUGGAGGUGGAUAAGCAGAAGAGCCUGGCUGACAUCGAGAGCGAGCGCUUCAGUCAGCUGAUGGCGAGCCUGGGCAGCGACACGCUGAAGGAGAUCGCCAGAGCCGGACCGGAGCUGCAGGUGAAAAUGCUCCAGGCUCUGGGGCUGAAGUCCACCCUCAUCACAGACGGGUCGUCGCCCAUCAACCUCUUCACCACAGCCAACGGCCUGCUGGGGGCGCUGCCGGGGCAGGGUCAGGGCCAGUGAGGAGGAGGAGGAGGAGGAGGAAGACGAGAGGAAGAGGGAUCAGAGGGAAAGUGUCCAAAAGUAAACCUAGACAGAAGCUCAUUUUUCCAGCAUUAAAAAAGAUGAUGUGCCUUUCUCAGAUUAAAGACCCUAACACUCUGCUGUCAGACAAAACCAGCAGGGCGUCUUUAAAUCAGCUGUUAUCAUGAUAGAACUGUUGUAUCUGAACCCAGCUGGGACCAGGACCACCACAGCUGAUCCGACCACAGAAAGACCAGGACCACCAGUUCCCAAAGUCAGAAUCUUACUGACUCUAAUCUGAUCCCGUAGAAACGGUUCUGCUUGAAGAUGAACGACUGUCAGAAAAUCUCUGAAGCCAAAGAACAUGAAGCCUGUGGACGUACAAGCUAAAGCCAACGACAACUCCCAGAGUGCAUUUCACCAACAACCAACCGGCCCCACAGCCCCACCUGCUGGUUAAAGAUCACACCGGUGAGCAAACAGAUUUUAAAUCAGUUCACUUUAAGAUUCCGGGUCAGUUUUGGAUGAAAUCAUUCUAAAUAGUUUCUCCAUAGUGACGGCCGCUGAGGCUCAUGGGUAUUGUAGUAUUUAGAGUCAUCCACCAAACUGCCUGAAAAAAAUCACAAUUUCUCAGAAACAAAGUAGAAAUCAUUCAGACUGAAGGUCACAAAGUUUGAGUCAGUUUAAAAAAAAAUACUACAGUCAAAGAUUUUCAACUGCCGUUGCUAUGGUUACGAAGUUCACCCAAAACUGACCCAGAAUCAGUGAACUGAUUUAAUUUUUUCUUCAGGUUUGUGAUGAAAAAAUUGUUUGCAGAACACACAGAAUUUGAAGCCCUGUGAUUGGACGGUUCUUACUGAAAUGCAUCUUGGGAUUUGUAGUGAACAUAAAGUUCACGGGCUUCUUGUACACUUUAAUGUUCUUUUGUUCUCAAGCUGAGAAUCGUCUGACGUGGUGUAAGAGAACAUGAAGGAGACUCAGACUGAAGGAUACCUCCUUCCUGUUGUGACACUGUGAUACCUGUCUACAGGUGAACUGACAGACUCAGCCCACUUCUCCUCUGUGUUUUCUGUUCAUUAGCUCUAAAUGCUGGUUUCACUCAGCUCAGAGGUCUCCUCGCUGUAAUGUGUGACUACAGGUGAGUGUCUGUCAGCCGGGUGUUAUGUGAAAUGAGGUUCGGAGGUUUACUUUUGGACAGGUGAGCAGCAUGAGGAUGUUCUGUCAAUCAAAUGCAAACAAAUAUGCUGCAAAUGAAGAAUUGUGCCUACAAACCACUUGACAGUUUGUGUAGUCGUAUAAUCUGACAGCGCUUUGCACUACAGCCUCUCCGUAUAGACGUUAACAGUUAACGCUGAUGUUUACACUCGAUAUUAAACUUUUGUUUCUGUGUACUGGUGAUGCAAUGAAACGGGAUGGUCUGACGGCCCCCUGCCUUCAUACGUGCUUUUGUUUCUACAUAAUAACUGUGUGUGAAGCCAUUAAAGUGCUGCUUCUGUCCA